AUGGAGCUUGGAGAUAGCAGCAGGAAGAGCAGGUUUUCCUCUUAUGAGAGAGUAGCAGCCAUAAGCUUGGUGGUUCUAGCUGUGGCUUCUCCUCUCUAUAUAGACCAUAGACCAGAGAGUGAGUUGGAAGAUGAAGAACAAUCCCUAAGCUUUGCUUUUUGGUUGCCCUUGCUUCUCUUUGUAUUGAUAAUAGCCAUAGCUUUAUCGGCUUUUCUCGACCGGAACUUCACCAGGUUCGAUCGUCACUGGAUUCAUAGAGUUGGUGGUUCUUCUGGUGGUAUUGUUUUGAUUCUUGUUGUUCUCUUUCUAGUUUUGAAGUGUAAAGCGUCUGUGUAA